CUGAACUCUUUACGUAAGUCUUUUGUGUAGAUGGAAGGCUAUACAACCAAAAUGAACAUGUUAGUAAAAUAAAGUGUUCAACAGCAAUCAGCAGGGCUUACUAUUUGGAGGGCAAGAGCUGUACUUAGGUUCUAUUGAAAUCAGCUAUUCUUGACAGAUUUUCUUAAGGGUAGAGAAAGUAAUAAGACUUUUGAUGAAAACCUGCUGAAAUUCCCUUUAAACAGGGAACAAUUGGUGCAUGGAAUAAAUGGGACAAUUGAUUUCUUUAUAAAAAAAAAAUAGAAAUUAUAUUGCACUAACAACAACAAUACAGCAGCCUUGAAAAUAUGUUAUUUCCAAGAAUCACCUGUGACUAUCCUAUAAACUGGCUUUAAGUGGUAUUGAAAUAGCUUUUAAUACAAGCAUUAUGUAAAAUUCUGUCUCAAGAUAAGUUUCUCUCCAAAUAACUCAGCUUCGUGGCAAAAGGCAUAAAGAAAGGAGAGGUGGAAAGGGUAAAGAAAGGGAAGAGAUGGUUUUCAUUGGCUUUUGAUAUACAGAAAAUAUGAAAUCUGAAAUAGUGACAGAGUCAUCUUCAUACCAUGCAGGCUGUGUGAUCAGUUAUUUGAUUUAAUCUGUCUCAGUUUUAUCAGGGAAUGAGUAUGUGCCUAAGGAUGCUGCAUGGCAGGACACCAGCAGCUAUAGGUUCUCCAGAAAGCUCUGGGGCUUCAGACAGAACUGUGGUAUUGACAGAGAGGCAGCCUAAAUCUAACUCCUCUUGGACUGAAACAAUGCACUAGAUGCAGACACAUCCUCUGCCCAAUGCCAGAGUUCCCUAUGCCCGUGGUGCUGUUGUGGUGAUGGGGGAGCUUGGAACCUGCCUGCCCUGGCAUUCUGAGUAGUUGGUAGACACUGUUGUUUCCUCACCUGCUGGUAGACUCUUCCUCCACAGGUCACCAUGGAGCAGUAACAUGUUUCCAAAAGGCUCACCUCGGACACUCCGGCGUUAUUUUGACUUUAAAGGAAAAAAUCUUCCUCAGGACUUGAUGGAACAUACCCAGUCUUUACAAGAGCCUGGGGAUGAAACUAUGAGGCAGGUGCCGUCACUGGAAAGCAUCUUUCACUGUACAAUGGUUGCAGUACUGAAGGCAACUAUUAAGAUGGGUAAACACGGACUAGGUCUCAUAGUCAUACAGAAUGGGCCAUAUCUCCAGAUAAUAAGCAUUGUUGAGAAAAGCUCUGCAGCUAACGAUGGAAAGCUAAAACCAGGGGAUGUUCUAAUAAAAAUUGGACAUGCCACCAUUUUGGGAUGGACCCUGCGACAGCUUAGGCAACUCCUGCACAAUAUCCCUGUAGGAACUACUCUACAAAUCAGAGUUUACAGAGAUUUUGUUGAAGUACCUCAAGACUGGCAAAGUGCAAUUGAAUUAAUUCCUGAAGUAAAGCUGCCUGUGGUGUCAGUAGACACAGACUAUGAUGAAGAUGGCAUCGGGUCCAGUACUGAUGAUGAUGAAGGCUUGUAAAUUUUUCAGUACAAAUCUCCCCAAACUGCUGUGAGUUCACUCCUAAGUUACAAUCAAUGCACAAAAUCCGGAAGAUACCUGGUAAGGACCAGACACUUGGGGUAGGCACAGACCAUGUUUGUGAUGCUGCUCUUCAUAAUGAUAUUGAAGCAUCGUACAAUCCUGAGUUUGGUAGUAGUAGUAUUAGAGCUCCUCCAUACCGAGCUACAGAAAACUGUGAGACCAGUUUCUCUUCUUCCUGCCUUUCUAUAUCAUAUACAUCUCGAAGAAUUUGCUUUAUUGCAGAAUACCUCAGAACCUGACUUGUCUCGAUAUAAAUUUCUGAAGUUGUAUCCGUUUUCUUCUAACACAUGCCUUCAAAAAAUCUGAAUGUCCCAAGAUAUUUGAAAUGCUGUAUUAGCUACAGAAAGCUGUUUAACAAUGCCUUCCCUCCCCACAAAGAUGUCAAUCAGUACUACUUGUAGAAUAGAAAGUCAGAGACACUACCUCUGCUCAUCCCUGACAAGUAGCAGUUGCAAGCUCUAGGGAAGUCUAAUAUAUUCAUCUUUCUUUGAAGGCAAGUUUCUUCAUUUUCUUGAUAUAAGGAUGGUGGAGACAGCUGAUCACAAACCCCUCCUGAACAUACAAGAAUAUACAGACAACUAGUGGCAACCACAGUAUUUGUCUGCAUCACAGUUAUCAUGAUGAUAUAUCUGUUUUUCACAUUGUCUAAAAUGUCACCUUCUUUGCUCACUGUAGUUCUAUCUUCAGUGUACAGAGCCAGACUUACCAGCAUUUUACAUACCAUUUUCAGUAGAAAAAAAAAAAAAUCAACACAAUGUAUGAACGCAGCACUUUAUUUGACAAGUGCAAGCUCACAAUUACUUGAGAGAAAUUUGCUGAAAUAAAUGAAUGCAUAAAUAACAAAUUAGUAGUAAUUCGAGCGUAGGUGACUUAGAGCUCAUUGUGGGUCCAUUGUGAAUCUGCAUCCCAGUUUCAUUUUUACAGCUCAUCAAGAAAAGGAGUAUUUCCCAAAUCCCCACUAGCUGCCAUCGAUUUCUUCCCACCGACAAACUUCUUGGCAGCCUGAAAA